AUGGCGAUAGCAUGGUUGCCAGAUGAGCCUGACUGCACUGAUGUGCCAAAAUCUCGCUGCGAUUGGCACUGGUUUUCCGUCGUCGCCCUCGUCAUCGUGACAGCCAUUGUCUCGGACAUCGGUGAAGAUCUGUACGGCGCGCCGCGACUUCGAGUGUUCGAGUCCGCCAUCUGCAAGCGCUACUAUGCCGAGCACAACCCCCGCCUCAUAGACCCCGACGGCAGUGUGCCCGAGCGGUACUGCAAGAUCGACCCAGUUCAGGACCGACUUGCUGAGCUCCUGGGCUGGCUGUACUUUUCGAAUAGUGUCCCGGCCAUCCUGCUCCCCAUCCCGUACGGUUACCUUGCAGACAAGUAUGGCCGUCGAUGGAUCCUGGUUGGAGUAGUCGAGGCACCGAUUGGCCUGGUCUGCCUGUCGUCUCUCUUCUUUCUCCUCGGCGGCGGCCCAACAACCGGAACCACUCUGCUCACAACCAUCGUUGCAGAUGUUGUGCCAUCUGAGCUGAGGGCCACAGUAUUCUUCUACCGAUUCUGCACCGACCUAGUUGCAGAUCUCACCGUCCCGCCAGUCACUGCCUAUCUCAUGUCGGUCAAUAUUUGGAUUCCUUUGCUCGGAGGCGUCCUAUUCCAAGGCAUCGCUGCUUUGAUGACUGCCAUGAUCCCAGAGACUCUUCCGUAUCGGCCCUCGCCGAGUCUCUCCACUACUGAUCCUAGGAGCCCUUUCGAGCGGCAACCUGCAACCAGCAAUCGAUCAGAAUCAUCAGAGCGGGCAACAGUCUAUCGCAGCUUCAGAACACCCAUGCAAGAGACUGCAGCCUCUUUUAGCUUUGUGACUGGCCACUCCGCCAUUCGCGGUCUGGUUUUGACAUUUCUGAUCUCAAAGGUUGGCAGCCAAUCGACAAAUGUGCUCUACCAGUAUGUCUCGAAACGCUAUGGGUGGGCCCUGUCUCAGGCAGGUCUACUGCUCUCCGUCCGCGCCGCUGUCAACAUUGCACUUUUCAUUGCUAUACUACCCGCUCUGGCAAAAUACCUCUUACGGAGGAUGGACGCUUCUGCCAAGGACUUCCUCAUCGCGAAAGGCAGUAUAGUGCUGUUAGUGGCUGGAUGUUUCGGGCUGUUCCUCGCCGCCUCUGCAGCUGGCAUGAUCAUAAGCCUCGUUCUGUUUACCAUGGGUACAGGCUUCGCCCCCACGGUCCGCAGCCUGGUCACCUCCCUUGUAGAGAACCUCGAGGACAAUUCUUCCAGCGAUGUGGGCCGCCUGUAUGCGCUGAUAUCUACCAUGGAAGGCAUCGGGACAAUGCUGGCUGCUCCUGGUAUGGCGGUGGCGUUCCGUGUCGGGAUCAGCCUAGGGGAGAAGUGGAUGGGGUUGCCAUUCGGGUUGGCCGCGGUAUUGUUUGGGGUUGUUGCUGGAGUCGUAUUCAGGUUGAAGUUGUAA